AUGGCAGAAGAAAGAAUUGAAAGUUUUGAUGAGACAAAUUGGAUGGUGUCUGAUGAAGAAGGUGAUGUUGAUUCAAGUGAUUCUGAGUUUGAAGAUAGAGAAGGUAAAGUAGUGGAUAUUUCGGUAUGUGAGGAAGUAAAACAGAAAUUAAAAGAACAUUAUUCUGAAAAUUCACAUCAUGAAUAUGAACAUUACAAUGGAAAGAAUUUAAUGAUUGUCAUUCAAAAUAAAGAUUUUCAUGAAAGUCGUCAGAGACAUGGUAGUACAGCAGACGUGGAAAAUUUGAAAAAAACAUUCAAACGUCUUGGCUUUAUUGUAAAAACGUUUAAAAAUUUGUCCGGAGAAAAAAUGGAUGUUAAAUUAAGAAAGGCAAGACAAAAAUUUAAUCAUAAAGAUGCUAGUUGUUUUGCUUGUGUGAUAUUAAGUCAUGGUAACCAAUAUGAAACAGGUGAUUAUGAGAGAAAAGACAGUGUAUUAGGUGUUGACGAACAAGCUAUAAGUAUAGAAUAUGUAAUGAAAAUAUUUAAUAAUGAUAAUUGUCCUGAUUUAAUGGGAAAGCCACGUCUGUUUUUCAUACAGGCAUGUCGAGGUAAGGGAUAUGAUAAAGGUGCUGAAACUCUUGUACCUGUUGAAGACAGUAGCAAUUCAAAUGUGGAACAAAUUAGUAGUGAAUUAGAGGAGACCUAUAUUGAAGCUACGUCAGGUGAUUAUUCUCCACCAGUAACUACAUUUACUUACCCUACACCAUGUUACUCAGAUUCAAUGGUUAUGUUUGCUUCUCCACCAGGAUAUGCAGCUUAUGCAAGAAAGGGUGGCUCAAUAUUUGUAUCCUGUCUAUGUGAUGAAUUUCAAAUCUAUAAUAGAAAACAUAACUUUUUUCAAAUAUUAUCAAGAGUGGCAAAUCAAAUGGCAUUAGAUUUUGAGACAAGUAAUGUUGUUGAAGAUACAGAUUAUGAAAAAUGUAAAAUUGUUCCAUGUAUACACUCAUGUUUAACUAGGGAUGUCAAAUUUCAAAUAUUAGAUGAUUAAUUCAAAUGUACAUACAAAUUGGCACAAGGUUCUACCAGGAAUCAACCAUGGACCUCCAUGUCAUUAAAUAAGGGCAUAGCUAGUAAAGCACCUUCAAUUCCCCAAAUUGAUAGAGUCUUUGACAGGUUUCAAUUUUUCAUAAUUUAUCUGUAAAUUUUGCAUUUUUUAUUUCAUUAAUUACAUAAUUUGCAUGUUUCAACCCUAUCCAUAAUCCACAAGAUUUU